GGUGCUGGAUUACUUUUAGAUUCGUUAACACCCAUUUAGUUUUUUUUAACUCUUUCUGUCUCGAGCGCUGAGCUUCAAACUACCUGUGCGCGUGCUCCCUGUGUGAGUCUGGACAGUUGGCCAAACAUUUCGUCGUGGAUAUUUGCUCCUGCAAGCUUUUACGAGUUGGUCCAACCAGAGAAAACCAGUCCUAAAGACUAAAUGUGCCAGUUAUCCAGUGGUACAUCAUAGCGUUAUGCUGCACAGUUCGUCAGCCUCUCCUCUAGCCAGGAAGCCAGCACUGCAGCCCUGCCAUCAGCAGCAUGGACUAUUGCACACCCCAGCCCAAUCGUCGCCACAAUCCCGUGGACAGCAUCUGCCGCAAACUGCAGACCAUUCAGUGGCGUGGUGACCGAGAGCCCAAUUCACCUUUCCAGAUUCCCAAACUCUCCUCCAGCAAUUACGACAGUCCACAGAGUGGCCUCAGGCACAACCUGGAAAACAUCCUGAAGAAAGGGACCCUCCACAGAGACAAGGGGGUUAAGGAGAAGGGGAGAGGGAUGGGUAUGCCGAGCUCUGCAGCUUCCCAGAGGAGCAGCCUAGGUCCCUCUGUCCCCAUGUCCACCCCUUCUACCCCAGCAUUCAACCCCGCCACGCCAACUAACGUCACAUACACUAUCACUAGCACUCUGGGCGAGAGGAGAGGGGCUGACGGGAGUGAUUUAAGACAAGUUAAGACAUGGCAGAGGUAUUGUUCGACUCCCGCGGGCCAGUCCAAAGACUCCCCUUACUUUACAUUCACACGAGGGCACCAGUCGGUGCAGCCCGAGAGCGAGAGGGCGAGCAGGAGCCCACCUCUGUGUCGUACCUUCACCCCAAACCAAAGCACCCUCUCCUACGACCUCAAAUUCUGCUCAGGGGACACAACAGAGUAUGAGCUGCCCUACCCAGCUCUGGUUGUGAAAAGACUGUCCAUGGGAGACGGAGGAUCCUCAGUGGCUUCUGAAAACAGGACGGAGAAUAUGGCAGAAAUCAGCCUAAUCUGCGAGGAGAAUCUGCUCGAUACCAUCUUCCAUGCCUGUGACACCCAGCGCCGAGGUAAAGUGUACGUGUCUCACAUUGUGGACUACCUGCGGCACACGACCAGUCGCAGCUCACAAGACAGCGGACUAGAGGACCUUUGCAACAUGCUCGAUCCAGAACACAAAGACGUCUCCAUUGACCUGGAUACCUACCACGCUGUCAUGAAGGAGUGGAUUGAUGACUGCCGCAACAACGGGCAAGAGUCGACAGAUGACGCCACUCAGGACUCAGUCAAACUCCGAGACAGCCUGUCUGCCAAGAGGUCCGUGUUGCUCAAUAUGACCUCAGGAAGCUUGGAGGCCUUUGGAGGGGAGGCAUCCAGAGCAGAAUUUGAGACCUCUGAGCUGGUGUGUUGUGUUGCCGACCUCCAGAUGAGCAACCAAAAGUUCCAGGAGGAGGUGAAGAAGCUGAAGCAGGUGGUGGAGGCCAUGGAGGACAGCAACCAGAAGCUAGCAGAGGAGAAUGAGGACCUCCGCAGUCAGGCCAGGGUUAACCAGCAGUUGGCCCAGAAAGAGAAGAUGCUAAACGAGGAGGUGGAGGAGAUGAAGGCCAGUCUGAGCUGCACAGAGGAAGGCAGAGCUCGUGCCUCCGCACACAGCAAACAUGUGGAGAGAGAGAACCAGAGUCUCAUUGCCAAGAUUGCUUUUCUUCAGGAAGAGAACUUCAAGGUUACUGUGGAGAUGGACGAGCUUCAGAAGAGACUUACACAGCUGUGUGACAUUAACACUGAGCUUCAGGUGCAAAUUCAAUCGUUUGAUGCUGCCCUCAGUGAAAAGGAAGCUGUGAUACUAGAGAAGAGCAGACAGAUAAGUGAGCUUAAGUCGGCAGUGGAGGAAUACUCCUCUAUCACAGAGCUGCUGAGGGCAGACAAGAGCAAGCUGGAGAACCAGAUGCAGAUGAUGCACCCAGACCUGGCUGGGGCCCUCUCGGCAGCCUACAGGUUGAACCAGAGCAGCUCAGGAUCCCUACAGACAGAACUGGCUUUGGCACAGUCACCACUGGAGCCCCCCCACGGAGUUGACCUUUUGUCCACCACUAUGAGCUUUGCCUCCCCGAUGGAUGAGACGCUGGACAGGGAAGUGUUGCUGAUGCUGCAGGGACCCAACCCUGAACACAUGGCUCUGGAGUUCAAGAGCCUCCUAAAUAAACUGAAAAGUGAUUUCAGAGAAGAAAGCGACUCUAUCUUGUCUACAGCUAGAGGUUUGCUGGACGACCGCGCACAGCCAGCGGGCAACAAAGACCCCAGUCUCCAGAAGGUGCAGGCCAAGCUGGACGCGAGGAGGGCAGACUGGGCCCUCAGCCUGGACCAGCUGGCCCAGUACACAGACUCACUGGAGAAGGAGCUGAUCAAAAUGGCCAGUAACUUGAGGAGGUCCCGCACUGAGAUCCUGCACCUUUCAGUCAGGGUGCAGGAGCAGGAGAACCAGAAGCGGCAGCUCUGUGAGGAGCUGGAGCAGCUAAAGACACCUCAGGACAGCAGAGAGGCCUCAUGCCAGACACCUUCACCAGAGGAAGAGCCUGGAGAUGACUUGGACUGGGAUGAGGAGUUCGCCCUUCAAGACUUCCUGAAGAACGAGUUGGAAGAGAGGAAUUGCAGAGAACAGGGCGGGCGAACGGACAGAGGUGAGGAGGACGGGGAGGAGAAGUGGACCGUGGUCGACACAGCUGGAGAGGGAGAAGCGAGGGACACUUCCACUCCUCUGUCUGCCCUCUCUGGGGAGGCCCAGCCUGGGCAUGGUGCAGCAGGCGGGGGUCAAGACUCUGCAGCCUGCACUGAGUCAGAGCCAGAGGUGAACUGUCAAUCUUUGCAGGAGGCAACAGUGCCGUUGAGCGCCCACUCACAAGCUGUCAGCAUUAGACAGCCGGAGGCGGAUGCUCUCCCUGAUCUGUCCCACCCAGAAAACAACAAUGCAGAGGCUGUUGAGACUGCAGAGUCUUCAACCUGUGGUCCAACUGAAAAUUUGAGCAACUCACCUGAACAGAACCAAAUGGUGACACUUAGUAACACCCCUCCCACAGCAGACCAGAUGGUUCCUCCCGACAGCACAUCACCUGGACCAGAUGAGAACAUUAACCAGACUGAGAGCACCCAGCCAACCAGUGAGGACCAUAGGGGAGAAGAAGAGAAAGAAGGUGAACCGGACUCGAGCACAGGAGCCAUGAGUCAUACUAAGAGCCUGAAGCGGGACCAGUCGGUAGACAGAUCAGAGGCGGAGGACAGCACGUGCCUGCUACCUGUGUUGGUUGAAGAGGAGGAGUGUGUGCAGGACACUACAGCUGAGGUGCCAACAGUAGCCGCCAGCAUGGAAGUGACAGAGCGGCUCACCAGCAGCGGGGCGACCACCUUCUCUGAAAGCGGCUCUCCUCAGUCAGGAUCGUCCUCCACACAUGCCAGCCAAUCGGGGAGCGGCAUGGGCAGCGUGACCUCUGACCCCAGCCAAUCGGAAGAUAGUGCUGCCAAAAAGGACUCCCUCCUCAUCUGUGGCAAAAAUAAAAGGCAACUGGAGCUGUCCCGCAGCAUGGAGGCCAUCGAGGAGCACAGGGUUCAGGAGGACCAAAGUGAGACCAGCUUGGCCAAUGAGAAGGAAUCUGAGACGUCAAUGAUCUCCGACACCAGUGGCACCUCCAAAGAGGACAAAAACAGCCUGUCACCUAAUGACAAGGAGGUUGAGGCAGAGUUCCAGCGUCUGGCAUUGGGCUUCAAGUGUGACAUGUUCACCUUGGAGAAGAGACUUCGGCUGGAGGAGAGGUCACGGGACCUGGCUGAGGAGAAUGUCCGCAGGGAGGUGUCCAGCUGCCAAGGCUUACUGCAGGCGCUGGCUCCGCUGUGUGAGGAUGACAACCAGUCCAUCGAGAUCAUCCAGAGGCUCCAGAAGAACCUGGACAUUCUCAUCCAGUCCAUGACCAGGGUGUCCAGUCGCUCUGAGAUGCUAGGAGCUAUUCACCAGGAGAGCCGUAUUGGUAAGGCUGUGGAGGUGAUGAUCCAGCAUGUGGAGAACCUGAGGAGGAUGUACACCAAGGAGCACGCUGAGCUGCUGGAGCUGAGAGAGGCCAUCAUGCAGAACGAGAGGUCGUUUGGAUCGCAAACUGAACGAGAUGACUUCCGUGGCAAGAAGCCGACAACACAGUACUACAAGUCGUCAACUCGGCGGGUCAGCAUAGCAGCAAUCCCACGCUCUGGUGGAGCCAACAUGCACUUUGACAUGUCCAAAACACAAGACUGCUCAGAGGCUGAAACAGAGAGACUGACCAGGCGAUCCCCAUGGAAUGUGCCAGGAAAGAGCAAUGCGCGCCCCCCACUAAAGCGCUUUGUUAGCUCUGCGGCCUGGGUUGACACUGAAGAGCCCUCUCUCAUGAUGAAGGGGACGGCCUACGACAACACCGACUGCCUGUCGGAGGACGAGCAGAAGGAGCAGCCGGUGGCAGAGAGGAGGAGGUCCAGUCUCAGUGAGCUGGGCAGCAAACUCACCUCCCUCAUUCUGCCCCUCAAGACUCCGAGCCCUUCCUCCAGCCCUACGUCCACAGACCGAGGAAUGGGCCUGUCUCUGUCCGACAGCCUGACCUCUUCCCGGGCGGCCGCAGCAGCAGCAGUAGCCAGAGGUGGCAGGGGUCUCUGGCUUUGGUUGGCGAUGGUGGUGGUGCUAGCAGGUCUCCUGGCACUGCUGGCCAGCCUGGUGAUGCAGCCAGCGGUAGAUGCAGCCCCUGUGGGGACCGGGGACUCCUGGAUGACCAUCCAGCAGCUGCUGUGGCCCUAUACAGGGCUCCGGCAUAACGGACAGCCCCCGGUCUAGCCCCUGACACCCGGGGGGUGGAUGGUGUCACCGCCCAUCAACUCUCUGCAGAAAUGAUCUGUGCAGUGGGGUGGUGAUGAAGAAAUUACAGCGUACCACUCCUGAGCAGAGGCUGAUGGGAUGUUUACUGGUGCCUGAAGUAACUGGUGCCUGAAGAUUCCUAAAACAAGACUUGCAUUGACAGGACGGGCCAGGCCUCAGAGGAUAGUUAACCCCAUGGAGGAGUUUAUGCAUCACAUCACGUUUGCUAAAUUAGUUAGUCUUGUGUGUGGGUGUGUGUGUCUGUGUUUUAAGAGAAGAAGCAGUUGGUCAGGUGGUGAAUCCAAAGCCCAUUUAAGAUGGGCUGCUCAACAUCCUUACCACAUUAUGACGCACUUUUCCAGUCAGUGCUGCUGGCAACUGUCUACCCGGACAACACAAUGCGUCAAAUCAGACUUGAUUUGUCAACAGAGCUGGUACACCGUUGACCAAUCAUGUCACAACUUCAUCAGAAUGACAACACUGAUCCAACAAGUCAUACAGUGGGCCGCUGUGCAGUUUUCCAUUGACAAACAUCAUGGAUGAUGGCUCCAAUUGUGCCACUUGGCUUUUUAAACACAUUUCAUGCACUUGAGGAAACUGGGGACUGCCAACCUUUUUAAUGGAAUUUUGCAGAGGACAUUUUAUAACUUAAGUCUAUAAACACUGGUAAUAAAUCUUUCAUUUUAAAUUUUAAAAGAAUUGUUAAUCUAUAUGAGUUUGUUAGUUUAGAGUGGAGAUAUGUGAAUAUCUGUUUAUUUUUGUUAAGUUAUAAUUCUAAAGUGUGACAGUUUUAACACCAAAGUUUUUUUUUUUAUUUUCCUUUUUAAGUUCUUGCUGUGGUUGUCACUGUUUUCAACUUCAUACUCUUUUUGUAUGUUCCAAAGAAGAUGCGUGAAACUUUGCACAAAUAAAGUAGCCUAUUCUACAUAGA